ACAACAGGGUGAACAGUUGUUGGUACGUGGGGCUUGCCAGGCACUGGGUGUAGUCCGCGUCUUUAAUCUGUGAUAGAGCAACGGAGUCGAGUGUUUGUCCGGAGUGCAGUCAGGUUUAGCAUCACUUUUUAAACGACCAAAGACAACGAGUUUUGUUGAGCUGCUGUUGAGUUUUGUAAAGCUGUCUAAAAUGUUUGAGAACAGUCAAGAUGACCUGUUUCUGUUCCCCACUGAUGGCCUGAAUGAGGCUUUCUUCCCUGAGGAGGGUUUAGGCAGUCGGAGCUUGUCCCUUGCCAAGGCCUUGCUUCCCCUGGUUGAGUCCCCAUCACCCCCGAUGACGCCCUGGCUCUGCUCCACUCGUUACAAGACAGAAUUGUGCAGCCGUUAUGCUGAGACGGGUACCUGCAAGUAUGCCGAAUGCUGCCAGUUUGCCCAUGGACUCCACGACCUCCAUGUACCCUCCUGUCAUCCCAAGUACAAAACCGAGCUGUGUCGUACCUACCACACUGCUGGCUACUGUGUCUACGGCACACGGUGUCUCUUCGUGCACAACCUUAAAGAGCAGAGGCCUGUUCGUCAACGACGCAGGAGUGUGCCUUGCCGUACCUUUCGUGCGUUUGGGGUUUGCCCCUUCGGGAACAGAUGCCACUUCUUGCAUGUUGGGGGCAGUUCAGAAUCCGAUGGUGGGGAGGAAGAGCAAACCUGGCAACCUACGUCACAGUCACAAGAGUGGAAGCCUCGUGGUGCCCUCUGUAACACCUUCAGUGCUUUUGGUUUCUGUCUCUAUGGCACCCGUUGUCGCUUCCAACAUGGGCUUCCUAACUCUAUCAAAGGUGUCAACUCAACCCACACAUCCUGGCCUGAUCAGAUGACCAAUGGGGGAUCUCUUUCACCUGCCUCGGACAUGUGCUCUCCACCAUCCUCAUCCCCUCCAUCUGCCUUGGCUUCGCCGGUGUACCCUGACGGUUCUGGUCCAGUCACGCCACCAUCGGUAGCAGUAGCCCACAACGCUUUCACCUUCAGCAGCCAACAUCUGAACGACCUUCUGCUCCCCCUGGCCCUUCGGCUCCAGCAGCUGGAGAACCCUGCCACUGCUGGUCCUCAAGAUGCUGUGGAUAAGAUGACAUGAUGAUGAUGAUGAUGAUGAUCCCAGAAGCUGACCGCUGUAAACUUUAACCGUGACUGUGCUGAAUUUCUAUUAACAUGGUUUUUACUUGGUAGGUGUGUACAGUGUCUCUUUGCAACUUUUAUUUUUUAAACUGCCUUUUGAGACCGAUUCUCAAAUGCUUGCUUUAUUUUCUUAAUUCAAGUCUGUCUUGUACUUCUAAAGCCACUUAUUUUUGAUUGACUGAAUGAAGCCCCUUAAGUGUAAAUUGAGACCAUUUUAACCAGUGUGUGUAUUUAUGAAAGAUUUGACUAUGUAUGUUUCUAACUUGUGGAUAUGUUCUAUUUAAACUAAAAUUUUAUUUUAGAAACCUCUGCAUCCUUUGCUCUCAAUAAAACCUCCUAAGAGGA